AUGUUUGAGGUCCUGACGCUCAUCGGCAGCUUAGCAGGUUCUGCAGUAGGGCUUUUUCUACCGGCGGCCAUGUACGUCGCUUAUCAACGUCGUGUCCACGCUCGUGAGAUUCUAUUGCGAGAGGUUGAACAAGCGGCAAUGGAUACUAUGCAAGACCCCAUGCUGGGGGGCAUCUUGUCUCCUCCAUCGCUGGCGCCUGCGGAGGCUCCCAACGUCAAGUAUUGGACCGCCGUCCCAACCGCAAUAUUCAUACUUGGUAUCGCUGAGGCUAUCCUUGGGCUAGCCGCCACGGUGAGCAAUUGGGGGACUGAGUGA